GUACAAAAGUGCUUAAGACUCUAUCAUCGAACUCUGGUUCACUAGGCUACAGGGAAUAACCCCAUGAUGCUCGUCUCGCACUAAGCUAAACAAAAGCAUUUUCUCCUCUCUGAACUUUUUGCUGGAGUUCCCCAUCACUCCGGAGCCGAACAGCAUGGCGGGUAACGGACAGACCGAAGAGCCUUGGAACUACAGCAGCGCGGAGCUGCUCGAGCGCACCACCCCGGUGUCUAUGAUUCAAACUCCUCACUAUCCUUUUCCCACCGUGGAUGUUCCAGACCAUGCCCACUAUACUGUCGGCUCUGUUAUCUUAAUCAUUGGCAUCACUGGCAUGGUGGGCAACUUUCUGGUCAUGUACGCCUUCUGCAAGAGCCGAAGUUUAAGAACACCAGCCAAUAUGUUCAUUAUUAAUCUGGCCAUAACUGACUUCCUGAUGUGCGUCACUCAGACGCCCACCUUCUUCAUUACCAGCAUGAAUAAGAGAUGGAUCUUUGGGGAGAAAGGCUGUGAAUUGUAUGCAUUUUGUGGUGCUCUCUUUGGGAUGUGCUCUAUGAUCACACUAAUGGUCAUUGCUGUGGAUAGAUAUUUUGUCAUCACUCAGCCCCUGGCCUCCAUAGGCAAGAUGUCACACAAGCGUGCUCUUAUCAUCCUCGUCCUAGCCUGGCUAUACACCUUGGUUUGGAGCCUUCCUCCCUUUUUUGGCUGGAGUGCAUAUGUUCCUGAGGGCUUGAUGACCUCCUGCACAUGGGACUAUAUGACGUUUACCCCAUCUGUUCGUGCCUACACAAUGCUACUCUUCAUCUGUGUCUUUUUUAUCCCUCUGUUUGUCAUUAUGUACUGCUAUUUCUGCAUCUUCCGUGCUAUUCGCAACACCACCAGUGCUGUAGGUAAAAUCAGUGAGGAAGGAGGAAUCACCAAAGAUUCAAUCAAAAAGUUUCAUCGACUGAAAAGUGAAUGGAAGAUGGCCAAGGUGGCUCUCAUAGUCAUUCUGUUGUAUGUGAUCUCCUGGUCGCCAUAUUCUUGUGUGGCUCUGACAGCGUUUGCAGGUUACGCUGACUUACUCACCCCAUACAUGAACUCUGUUCCUGCUGUGAUUGCCAAGGCUUCAGCUAUCCACAACCCCAUCAUUUAUGCCAUCACACAUCCCAAAUACAGAUCUGCUUUAGCAAGGUAUAUUCCAUGUCUGGGCGUGCUACUGUGUGUUCCUCAUCGAGAACGCUUGACUAGCAGCAGUUUUAUGUCCACACGCCGCUCCACUGUGACCAGCCAGGCUUCAGAAAUCGGCAGCAGCAUGCGUCAAUCCAGCAGGACGCGCCUGUCCUCGAUGUCCGACAGCGAGUCUGCUUUGACGGACACUGAGGUGGACAUGGCGAGUGCACUUUCUCGUCAGGUGUCCUACGAAGGGCGUAAAGAGCUGUCCGACUUUUCUCUGAAAGUGAAGGUGAGGGGUCGAGACUCGGGUGGAUUCAGGAGUCCUGUUGAUACAGGUCUAAACCUCACCGGCUAUGCUUAUAUCAGUACUAUGAUGGACAAGGAUGACAUCUCCAUUUCUGAGUCUGUCCAGUCCAAUCAUCUUCUCUCCACUCCAGCACAUGAGCACAAGAAGCAGACAGCAACUAUUCCCUCCAUUGUUGUAACCUCCGAGUCCCAUCCUGCCGUCCUGUCCGAUGUGACCAAUAGCCACCCUUCUAAAUGCCUCCCCAGCGUUUCUCCAGUGGUGCCUCUCAACAUGGAACCUCUUGUCAUGGACCAAGUGAGCAAUUCCCAGGCCUACAAUAAUCCUUCCAACAUUAGCAUUCCUCAGCAUAGAAUCUGAAAGAA